UUAGCUCCCUAGUCCGGACAGAAUUUUUCGCUCCUUAUCUGUUCUCCGCGGCCCAUUGCCCCGUCCACUGUCCCCGGCAGGCAUGUCUCAAAUAGCAUCGCUACUCCUCUCUCCCUCUCUUUCUUUCCCGCUCAUACCCGCAGUUACCCCAAAUCCUCGCCGCGUCCCCUCUGUCCUCUUUAAAUCCUCUGGCCGACUCGCCGCCGCCGGCGUCCACUUUCCCGCCAUCACCUUCGCCGUCUCCGAGCCGAAUGCCCCAAACUAUCUCGAUGAAGAAGAGUCCAUCCUUCCCCUCCUCGAAGAACUCUCCGGAUGCCUCGGUCUGCCUACAGAUUACCUCUCAAAUCUCCCUGGAGAUCUUCGGCUAGAUCUAAAUGAUGCCGCUUUUGAUCUCGCUAAUGGCCCUGUCUUGGAUGAGUGUGGCAAAGAAGUUGGGGAACUCUUUUUAAAUUUGUCUCGAGCAUGGGAGCAAGCCGACACAAUGACAUCAAACAUCCUAGCAAGCGAACUUCCGUCGUUGUAUGAUCAUUUGAGCAGUGAUCUCAAACCAGCAAUUGGGAAGCGAUUUCUAUCUGCAGGCAGACGAUUUGAGGCUAUGGGACAGUACGGACAAGGAGAGCUACAAAGGAUUGCUCAAGCAAUGAUCAAGAUUGGGAAGCUGCUUUCUCUUGCUCCAGUACCUCAAACAGACAAAUCGCCAAAGAAAGAAUCAAGAACUUUUAAGUUCGGCGAACUUCAGGUCGCAUUGACUCCAGAGAAAGCAAACAUAGGAGCUGCUAUUGCCUUUGCUUUUGGAUUUCUUUCGUGGGAGCUUAGCCAAGGCAUGCAAAACAUUCCAGAAAGCUCAUUCCAGUAUGCAAAUGAUAAUGCGCUCAUGCUGGCAAAGUCACUUAGAGGAUUCCUUCUUCUGAUUGCUUAUUCCUCUGCCCUUUUGUCUGCAUUUGCUUCUGUUGGUCUCUUGUUACUUGGACGGCAACUGAGCUCUGAAAAUUCGAAGGAACCGUAACCUCAGUGUGAGUGAAAUAAUCACAAUUACCAAAAGAUUGUGUUAAAAAAAAUAUCAUAUACUUUUUUUACCAUUUAAGUUAAUGUAUAUAUUGCUUUUACAUAUAUGAAAGUUUCUUUUCUACGUUUUAGUUA